AUGGACUUCCUUUUACCACAUCUAAACAUCAAUAUUAUAGCUGGAUUGAUUGCAAUAUUCAUCGUAUCCUACUUUAUCAACAACAGGUUUGGUUCUGCCAAGAGGAAAAAAGCACCAGAAGCUGCUGGAGGAUGGCCUCUAAUUGGUCACUUGCACCUAUUCACUGGAUCCCAGCUCCCCCACAUAAAUUUAGGAGCCUUAGCAGAAAAGUAUGGACCAGUGUACACAAUCCGAAUUGGGGUUCAUCCAGCUUUGGUGGUUAGUAGUUGGGAAAUAGCUAAGGAAUGUUUCACCACCAAUGAUGUGGCCACAUGUUCUCGUCCUAAAUUCAUUGCUGCUAACCACUUGAGUUACAACUAUGCCAUGUUUGGGUUCAGCCCUUAUGGUCCUUUUUGGCGUGACGUGCGCAAAAUAAUCGCUUUGGAGCUACUCUCAAAUCGCAGGCUUGAGUUACUCAAAGAUGUUAGAGCCUCAGAGAUGGAGACCUCUUUGAAAGAGUUGUACAAGGUCUGGACCGAGAAGAAGGAUAUUGGGUCAGGUUCUGUUUCUCUAGAGAUGAAGCAAUGGUUUGGGGACUUGACACUCAACGUGGUUCUUAGAAUGGUUGUUGGAAAGCGAUUCUUUGGUGCCAUGGCUACAAGUGAUGAGAAAGAGGCACCUAAGGCUCGUAGGUGUCAAAAGGCUUUUAGGGACUUCUUUCACCUGGUGGGGUUGUCUCUGGUGGGAGAUGCUAUUCCUUGGCUUGGAUGGUUGGAUUCAUUAUUGGGAGGGCAUGAAAAGGCCAUGAAGAAAACAGCGAAAGAGAUGGACUUUUUGGUUACUGAGUGGUUGGAGGAGCACAAGCAGAGGAGAGCUUCAGGUGAGGGUAAAGGGCAUCAAGAUUUCAUGGAUGUCAUGCUUUCAAUCCUAGAGGGUGUUGACCUUGCUGGCUUUGAUGCUGAUACCGUCAACAAAGCCACAUGUUUGAAUAUGAUAGCAGGAGGCAACGACACAGUCAUGGUUACCUUGACCUGGGCACUCUCACUAUUAUUGAACAAUCGCGACGCUUUGAAGAAAGCCCAAGAGGAAUUGGACAUCAAAGUUGGUAAAGGAAGACUAGUGAAUGAAGCAGAUAUCAAUAACUUGUUCUACCUUCAAGCCAUUAUCAAAGAGGCACUAAGGAUAUACCCACCUGGACCACUUUCAGGACCGAGAGAGUUCCAUGAAGACUGCACCAUUGGUGGCUACCAUGUCACAAAAGGCACACGUCUAGUGGUCAAUUUGUGGAAGAUCCAGACAGACCCUAGUGUGUGGUUUGACCCAUUAGAGUUCAAGCCAGAGAGAUUUCUCACUAGUACUCACAAAGAUGUUGAUGUGAGGGGUCAAAAUUUUGAGCUCAUACCCUUUGGUAGUGGUAGAAGAGCUUGCCCUGGGAUAUCUUUUGGCCUUCAAAUGCUGCACUUGACUCUGGCUAGUCUCAUACAUGCAUUUGAAAUCUCAACCCCAUCAAAUGCACCGGUUGAUAUGACUGCCACCUUUGGAUUAACAAACAUCAAAUCCACACCACUUGAUGUGGUUGUGAAACCACGCUUGCCAUCAAAUCUUUUUGAAUAAAGUUUGCUUGUGGAAUAUACAAUUCACAUCAAGAUCUGCGGAGUAUUGCAAUUUGAUUUGAUGAAAUGUUGUCUCGGAAUUUUUCUAGCUACUUUCCCUUGCAUGGUAUUUGCUGGUUUGUAGAAUUUGUUUUAAAUGUGUCAUUUUAGUCCUAAACUUUUUGGUAU